ACUUUCCACACAUCAAACACUUUGCAAUAACAAAAACUACCCAUUCAUUUGUGAUUUUUUCUUUCAUAGAUCCUAGAGCAUUCAAUUACCAACAAGAUGAUGAAGCAAAUUCUCUUCUCAUUCUUAUUUCUUGCCCCAAUUUUUUCAAUCACCACUUUAGCUCAAUCGCCUGCUGCAGCCCCUAAACCGCCAGCAAAACCAGCUCCAACAAAACCUUCCCCUGCCACACCAGCUCCAGCACCAUCAAAACCAUUAGUCCCAGCAUUACCCCAAUCACCAAUGGUGAAUCCUGACUCUUCAGGCAACCAAGAUGUCGUCAAGAUUCUGAGGAAGGCCAAAUCAUUCAACACGCUGAUCCGUUUACUGAAGACCACCCAAAUCAUCAACCAAGUCAAUGCACAACUUGUUGCCACAAAAAAUGGAGGACUAACCAUUCUUGCACCUGAUGAUGGUGCAUUCUCACAGCUCAAAGCAGGGUUCUUCAAUUCUCUAGGAGAGAGGCAACAAAAGGAGCUGAUCCAGUUCCAUGUUCUUCCUGUUUAUGUUUCAAGCUCAAAUUUUGACUCGCUCAGCAACCCUGUGAUGACUCUGGCUAGUGAUAGCCCCUCAAGUUUUGAGCUCAAUGUGACUGCUUAUGGUAACAGUGUGAACAUUUCAACUGGGGUGGUUGAUGUCACCAUCACAGGCAUUGUGUACUCUGAUAAGACACUUGCCAUAUACCGUGUGGACAAGGUGCUUAUUCCUUUGGAUUUCAAAAAGCCUAAGCCUAUUGCUCCGGCACCGGCUCUGGCUAAGGCCCCGAAAGCUGAUAAGGAGAAUUCAUCUGCAGAAGAUGAUGAUGAUCAGGGUCAGGGAACAAAGAACAGCUCUGGAGCAAACAGAUUGAUUAGUAGCAUUCGCGGAACAACGUUGGUACUGUCUCUUGUGCUUGCUGCUGCUGCAGCAGCAACUAUGUCAUGAUGAAGAACAUCAAUCUUUUGUGCACAGAACAAGCAUGCUAUUGCUGUGGACUUGUGUUUAUGUUGCUUUCUUCUUGGCUUGUGUAUAUUGCUGAGAUGUGUAUUUUUUGUGAGCCUUGUGAAAAUUUGCUUUGUAUUCUUGUUUUGUCAUUGAAACAAUAUAUGUGAUUGUUUUCUGUCGAAGACAAAAAGAAUAUCUAUAAUUGCUUUUCUCAAUUAA